AUGUCUGAAAAUAAGAACUCUGAGGCUGAAGACGUAUUUGAAUUUUUAGAUUCUUUGCCAGAAGCAAAGAAUGGCGGGAAAAUGGUUAAUACUGACGUAAAGGGUAGCCAAGAAGGCGUUAAGGGAGGUUCUAAUUCUGUGGCGGGCAAGACCGGGAAUGAUGGAAAGAAAGGUGACGAUGAUAUCUUUGAAUUCUUAGAAGAGUUGGAGAAGAGUAACUUAAGCUUAACUGACAAGAAAGGGGUUGAAAAGAAGGCUCCCAGUGAAUCAGUUAAUAAUAAAGCACAAGACGAAAAAGUAGAAGAAUCAAAAGAAAACAAAAAUUCCGAGCAGGACGCUCACGGAAAGGAAAAGGAACCACAGCAGCAGGAGAAAGAAGAAGAAGAGGAGGAAGAAGAAGAAGAAGAAGAGGAGGAGGAGGAGACCCCAUUGCAUGACCCAAUUGCUUCUAUUUCAAACUGGUGGUCCUCCUCUGGAUCCGCAAAGGUAUCGAGUAUUUGGAAUAAAACUGCAGAACAAGCAUCCCAGAUCAAAAACCGACUUGCCCAAGAACAGCUUGAUUUGACUUCAAAGAUAAACACGAGCACGAUUACUGAAAUAGCCAGAAACUUACAGAAAAUCGUUGUUGGUGAGACUGAAGAGGUGCUGCGAAUUCAUCUAGUCCAUGAUUUGGUUAACUAUCCCUCAUUACAAUACAAUAUUGAAAGCAAGUUUGAUCAAGUUCUAAGCUCACAAGUUGAGGGAGGAAUCAGAAUAUUUGUAGAUGAAUGGGGCCAUCCUAACAAUAAUGGAAUUACACCUGUGGAAAAAAAGCCUUCAGUUGCAGACGGUGAGUUAGGCAACUCUAAAAAAAAAUUACAGUUUAAUCUAUUCGACGGCAAGGUAACAGACGGUGAGAAACUGGCAUUUGCAAACCUGGAAAAUGCAGUCAAACUCUUCAAUACUGCACAUGAGGAAUACCAGAAACAACAGAAAGAGGCUGAUGCCACUCCAGAUGACGAUAGGAGUUCUAUUAGCAGUAACAGCAAUAAAAUCAGUGAUUUAUUCAUAUCCAUCUUACCAAUUGCCAUUCCGCAAAAACAAAAAGAUGCCGACGGUGACUUUCAAGUGACCGACUCCAAUACGCCAGGCAAUUUCAAUUUCACCCUUGUAUUGAAAGACAUAACUAACGAUAUUACCACCAUAACAAGAUCACAAGGAUUCCCUGUCAAAUGGGUCAAUUGGCUAGAAGGAUCCGUGGAGAAAACAGGAUCAACAGCAAGUGAGGAGAGGAAUAAGUCAUACGAUCAAAAGAAACAAAAAGAAAGUGAAGACGAAGACGAAGACGAUGAGAUCAUUGAUCCUAGUGAAUGGGUAAAGGAAUGGAUCGAAGAUGGAUUAAGCUUGUCAUUUGGGGUCAUGGCACAGAAUUAUGUCAUUGACCGUAUGGGUCUUUGA